AUGUCUUCCAACUCACACUCAAACCAUCCACUCUAUGCCUUCCUCCAGUCUGAUCCAAGCAGACACCAAGCAGACCCAGAGAUCAGUGCUGCUCGGGUCCAGGGCACCUCUCCUGCUGAGGACGCCGACUCAGAAAAGAUAGGAGCCGAUCGAGGGCUCAACAAGCAUCUGAUCUCGCUCCUCACAACCGUCCAAGCCCACUCCUCCCAGCUCGAUCAGAUGGUCAAACACCUCAACUCUCUCGUCAGAAGAGUCGAAUCCGUUGAAUCCAUCUUCAGUGAUGGUCAGGAGCAGAUUCAUCAAUCCGUCGCCGAAUUCAGAUCGGACACUGAAAAGAUAGCCAAUCGGCAGCUUGAAGCCGUAUGUUCGCAAGUCGAGCAGCAGAACAACAGUAAAGAUAACCAGGGUCUGCUUCUAGCCAAGCUAGAAAAAGACGUCCAUUAUCUAACCAUUCAAGCUAAUGGAUUAGAGCCGCGUCUGGUUGCCGAGAAGAACGAGUACUUGCAGAGGAUGAGUGCUAUCCAGAAGGAAUUCGAUACCUUGAAUUCAUCACUAGGCCCCAUCUCUCUCAUGGCUCCUCUCCUUCAAGCUUUCCUGGAAUCUCAGCUGCGUUCGUCUUCGAGAUCCAAAGAACAAUUCGAAAAGUCAUUUGCAUGUCAUCACAACUCUCAUAAUGGCCAAGGGGAAAUUUCGGAGAAAACGGUCAUCAGACAUUCCUCAGCGAUCAACAUGGGGCGUUGGAGGGAGGGAAAUUCAACCGAGACUAGCUCCAAGCGGCCAGAAAGACACAAAACUAAGAGGCCAGAUUCUUCCGGUGUCCUGGGCAACGUUUCGGAACCCAGACUCUUGGAUGACGCUAAGAAGAAUGAAGUUAAACAGCCAAUGUAUAUCGGGCCAGAAGAUACCCAAAUGAGUCGCAACCAGGAGACGGAGGAAGUCUCCAGCAAAGUUGAGGCGGAGCAUGAACCAACGACCACACAAGCUAGUGAGAGUCAUUCGAAGGACGAGGUACAAACACGGGCCGACGAGCCGAUUGAGCUUCCGAGGGGCAGAGCCCCAAGCUCUCAUCUUGCCGCGCGGAGAUCGAUGAGCAGAAGGAAGAGCCAAGCAGUACGUCCGAAUUCAACACAACAGGACCCCGGCUCCAUCGACCAUGCCCUCGACCUCCAAAGAGCCCAUUCGAAGAAACGGGCCAGGUCGCGGACUCCUACAGGCCUCGAUCGAGAACACACCGUCCACACCAAGUUGAUUUCAUCUACUCAGCUACGGAGGAUCUCUUCCCAACAGACUACCCACAACCCUGCGAGUUGUACCAUUCUUUCUGAGGAUUGCCAUCAUCAACAAUCGAACCAAGUGAUUGGACAAGCACAAAUCAAUUCAGUUGUCCAUAAGGUUCGUACUCUUCCUUCUUCGAAAAAUCAGGAAUUUAUACACCUAGCUCAAGUUUGA